UCGACCACGACAUCUACGCUUGCGCCCCAUUGACACCGCUUCCGCAUCUCUCCUUCCAACCACCUUUCGCCCCGCCCCGCGCCUCAACGCUCCGCCUCCGUUGCCCCUAGCGUCUGUUUGUUGACUUCCGGGAGCGCAGUAGUGGUCGAUGCCAAGAGGGUCGCUAUGGGGGCACCGGGGGCUAGGGCAGUACCUUAGGCCCAAUCGAGUCGCCCCUGCUGUCUUUCCGAAGCAGGCACAGAUUCCCUUCACGGUUUUCGGCAUGGCGGAGCCUGAGUCGUUGGUGCCGGAUACAGGUGCUGUGUUUACAUUUGGCAAAACUAAAUUUGCUGAAAAUAUUCCUAGCAAAUUCUGGUUUAAGAAUGACAUACCUAUAUGUCUUUCGUGUGGUGAUGAACAUACUGCUAUUGUUACAGGAAAUAAUAAACUUUACAUGUUUGGCAGUAACAACUGGGGUCAGUUAGGAUUAGGAUCAAAGUCAGCUAUCAGCAAACCAACAUGUAUCAAAGCUCUUAAGCCUGAGAAAGUGAAGCUGGCUGCCUGUGGAAGGAACCACACCCUAGUUUCAACAGAUAGAGGCAGUGUAUACGCAGCUGGGGGAAAUAAUGAAGGACAGUUGGGGCUUGGGGACACUGAUGACAGAGACACUUUUCAUCAAAUAUGCUUCUUUACACCUAAAGAUACCAUCAAACAGCUCUCUGCUGGUGCUAAUACAUCAGCUGCAUUGACUGAGGAUGGAAAACUCUUUAUGUGGGGUGACAAUUCUGAAGGGCAGAUUGGUUUAAAAAAUAAAAGCAAUGUGUGUGUCCCUCAUGAAGUGACCGUUGGGAAGCCAAUCUCAUGGAUCUCUUGUGGAUAUUACCAUUCAGCUUUUGUAACAAUGGAUGGGGAACUGUACACAUUUGGAGAACCCGAAAAUGGGAAGUUGGGCCUUCCUAAUCAGCUGUUGAUCAAUCACAGAUCACCCCAGCGUGUACUGGGGAUUCCUGAGAAGGUGAUUCAGGUAGCCUGUGGUGGAGGGCACACUGUGGUUCUCACAGAGAAAGUUGUAUAUGCCUUUGGGCUGGGACAGUUUGGCCAGCUGGGCCUUGGCACUUUUCUUUUUGAAACAUCAGAACCCAAAGUCAUUGAUCGUAUUAAGGACCAGAAAAUAAGUUAUAUUUCCUGUGGAGAAAAUCAUACAGCUUUGAUGACAGAUAUAGGCCUCAUGUAUACUUUUGGAGAUGGCCGACAUGGAAAAUUAGGACUUGGAAUGGAGAAUUUUACCAACCAGUUCUUUCCUACAUUGUGCUCUAAUUUUUUGAGAUUUACAGUUCAAUUGAUUGCCUGUGGUGGGUGUCACAUGUUAGUUUUUGCCACCCCACGUCUUAGUGCACUGGAGGAAUCUGAAUUUGAAGAAGUGUAUGAGCCUUUCCUAAGUACGGGUUCUAUGCCCAUUGGUGAACUCGCUCCAGGAACUCCACUGAAUAGAUCUUUAUCAGCACGUCUGCGGCGAAGAGAGCGGGAGAGACCCCCAUGUUCCCCUUCAGUGGUGGGAACACUGCCUCCAUUAGAGGGCACUUCUGCUUCUACUUCAGCUGCCUAUUUUUCCCCCAGUUCAAUCCCUUUCCGCUUGUCUAUGGAUAACUACCCAGAGAAAAGCCUCUCUGAAUCCGUGGAGCCACUGGACUCAGAUUAUUUUGAGGAUAAAAUGAACAAAGAAACAGAGACAGAAAAUUCUUCAGCAGUGGAUUCAGAAAACCUUGGUGAAACUACUGAUAUCUUAAAUAUGACACAUGUGAUGAACCUGAGUUCCAAUGAGACAUCAUUACAAUUUUCACCAAUUCAAAAACAACAGAAUCAAGACACAGUUGAGAAAGUGAUGGAAAGUGAACCUGGUACUGAAAUUGAUGAUAGUUAUGAAUAUGAAGAGAUGUCAAAAAUACAAGAAGGGACAGUAUACAAACAAUAUUUAGCAAAAGGGAUCUUCAUGAUACGACCACCUGAGAUUAUGGGAGCAUUUUCAGAUGAUGAAGUAGAUAAUGACCUAGACCUGGCAGAUCCUCAGGUCAACACUGAUGAAAAUGAUUUCCAAAAAGAGGAACUAGAACAGGAAAGUAUUGAAGAAAUGGUCCCUGAGAAGAAAAUGGAAGUGAUGGAAAUGACAGAUGUGAAAGAUAUUAGUGAAAGGGAAGACAAUGCAAAGUCAGAUCCAUUUUUUGAUGACUUACAAGAUAAAGACAUGACUACUGAGAGUGAAGAGAAUACAGAUAUUGUGCAGGAAAGGGAAGGCAGUGAGCAGAACUUGAUCUUUGAUAGUGAAACAGAAGUGUUAGAAGAACCAGACAGUUACAUGGAAUAUGAAAGGCCAAGUCAGCUAGACAGAGCUGAGGAGUUGGAGCAGCCCAAGUCAGUAGAACCUAGUAGUGAUGAGAAAGAUGACGAUGAAGUGGAAACUGAGCACUGCUUAUGGUACAGCAGGAAAUGUGCUGAACAAGAAAGUGAGAGUGAACCCAAAGCAACCAGAUUUGUUGCAAAAUAUGAUCUUAAGCAUGACCACUUGUCAGGGAUACCAGAGGAGCAGGAAGGACCAGAAGACACAGAAGGAAAUGCAAUAGUGGAGCAAGAGAUUGAUAUACAAGAGGAAAUUGUGGAAUUGGAAGGAGAAAGAAAUGAGGCAAUAUCAGAAACCCUGUCAGAUGUCAGUACAGAAAAAGAGGAUCAGCAAAUUUUAGAAACUGUGAAAUCAGAACCAGGAGACAUGGAUGAGCAAAUUAGUGCCCCAAAUGUAGAAGACAUUGUGGAAGAAGAAGAGAAGGAAGAAGAGAAGGAAACUGUAGAAGAAAACUUCCCUGAAGUUGGCCUUCCUGAAACAGAAGGCAUAGAAACUAUUGAUGCCAUCGAUGCCAACCCAGAUGAAAUCCUGAAAGAGGAAGGCAAUGUCAGCCUACUGAAACGGACUCUUCGUGAAUACAAUGAAAAUCCAAAAGGACACAUGUAUGAUCGUAUAAAGAGCAGUUCUUCAGAAGUUCUGGGAGGUAUUGAACCAACAAGUAAAGACAUAAAAAAAUCUAAAAAGAUUUCCUUCUUUAAUCGGAUGUCAUUGACAGGUCAGAAAAUGAUGCAGAAUACUAGCGAUCCACUUCCAGAAAUAAAGCCGAUAGGAGAUCAAAUAGCCUUACAAAAUGAUAAGAAAGAUGCCAACCAGAAUCACAUGGGUCAAAAUCUUCAGGAUGCUGCAACACCAAAUAUGGAGGGAAAGUCCAAAUCCUGUACAAUACUAUAAAUGUAUGUUUAUGUUUCCGUGGUCACCGAGCACAUUUGUUCUUCAUACUUGAAAAAUGUUAUGACUUCUGAAGGAAAUUUCCUGAUAACACUGUUUUAAAAAAAUGAUAAAAAUUAAUGUUUGGCUUGGUUUGAGCAGUAUGAACAGUUUUAAUAUUUAUUUAUGUUAAUGUUCUCAGUAAGUAGUUUCCAAAAUACUUGUACCUCCAACUCUCCUUGAAGUGUUUGGCCUUAACUGUUCAGUGUUGCAUAAAACAAUAUAUUUUUAUAUUUGAAAGCUGAAUGAAGAUAUUUCAUAGUUUUGCUAGCACAGUUAUCAUUCUUUGUAAUUUCCUAAGCCAAUGUUUAUGAUCUUACAACACUGGAACAGUUUUGAAUAUAUUUACAACAUUUAAAAACAGGCAAAAUUGUGAUGAGCUUAAUUUAAUAAAUUAUAACUGGUUGGGUUUGCUGUUAA